UAUCAUACCUAGACAUUUCCGGUUCUUCUUUUUAAAGUUCAAGGUCUUCUCUAACAAAAUGGCAGCCCCCAGUAAAAGUUCGGAACCACAACAAAUGGGAAAGGGGAUUAAAUUCCUCUUUGGUGGCUCGGCAGGGAUGGCAGCCACUGUAUUUGUUCAACCUUUGGAUUUAGUAAAGAAUCGAAUGCAGCUUAGUGGAGUUGGUGGAGCAAAGAAACAAUAUAAAACUAGUUUUCAUGCUCUGGCUUCCAUCCUUAAGAAUGAGGGAGUGUCAGGAAUAUACACAGGCUUGAGUGCUGGUCUGUUGCGUCAAGCCACAUACACGACCACAAGACUGGGAAUCUACACCUCACUCUUUGACAUGUUUACAAAAGAUGGGAAACCGCCAAAUUUCGUUUCCAAAGCUUUAAUAGGUGUUACUGCUGGUGGUAUUGGAGCCUUUGUUGGAACACCCGCUGAAGUCGCACUUAUUAGAAUGACUGCUGAUGGAAGGUUGCCACCAGAAGAGAGAAGAGGUUACAAAAACGUUUUUAAUGCUUUAGCUAGAAUUGUCAGAGAGGAAGGAGUUUUAACAUUAUGGAGGGGCUGCAUACCUACAGUUGGCAGAGCUAUGGUUGUCAAUGCUGCACAGCUUGCAUCUUAUUCACAAGCCAAACAGAUCUUAGUCUCAACUGGUUAUUUCCAUGAUGGUUUGUUUCUACAUUUCGUGGCCAGUAUGAUCAGUGGACUCAUCACCACUGCUGCUUCAAUGCCAGUUGACAUUGCUAAGACUAGAAUUCAAAGCAUGAAAACAAUUAAUGGCAAGCCAGAAUAUUCAGGGGCAUUGGAUGUGUUAUCUAAAACCAUACGUCAAGAGGGUUUCUUCAGCUUAUGGAAAGGAUUCACUCCAUAUUAUGCACGUCUGGGUCCCCACACAGUUCUGACUUUUAUUUUCUUGGAGCAGAUGAAUAAGAUGUACAGACACUAUGUGUUGCACGAUGACUCAGCCAGCGGUGGAUUGUAGUGCUCAGCAGUAUUAAAUUAUUAUUGUACAAGUGUACAUCUGUAGUAUGAUAAAACACUUAGUCUUUGGCAGUUUUAGACAUUAUAUUUGUCUCCUGAUAAAAUCUAAAGAUAUUAUUCAUGUUAUUGGUUUAUAAUUUUCCGUGAAGUAAAAUGCCAGUCUAAUUCAUUAAGUCUAGUAUUAGUAUUAAAAAUUGUGUUCUUUUAUUGAAAUUGAGGCACAAAAAUUUGCAAGAAUUGUUUUCUUGAUUAGAUUAUACCUUUUUGAUAAUUUUCAUUUGUAAUGGCUAAUGGAGAUUGGAAACAUGCUUUUUCAAAGAUAAAUUGCUUCAUAGACAGUCAGUUGGCCUUUAAAUAAAUUAUUCAUUAACAGCAUCAACAAGACUGAUCUCACGGCUGUAAAAAGCUUAAUGCUGCUUAUGUGGGCUACUGUAAUGCUUCUAUUUGUAGUCAGAGCUUGUCAGUACUUAUUAUUAAAUCCUUUUUACUGUAGUUUUUUUUUUUUUUUUGGUGGAAUUCUAUUUGGUCGAUAUUUUUACACUAAAAGUAUUUAAUGUUGGUGUAGGAUGUUCCCAUGUUUAUUCAGCUUUCUUUCCAUCUUUAUAUCAAUCAGUCAAUCAAUUCGGAAUUAAUUUAAUCUAUCAACCUUUUAUUCAGUUUAAAAAUAUUUUGAUUGCCUUCUGAAGAUUUAAAUUUUUUUUGGAUACAUUUAUAGAUUGUAUAAAUCUUUAAAAUCUGAUAACAUUAUGAUAACAUCCAUAUUUCAGCAAAAUGUCUAUGUUUCAAUUAAGUUUACUUUUGCACCUUUUUGUUUAGAUGUUUUAUCUAGGAAUUGGAAUUAAUCAAUUUUAGUAAAUAUAUUUCUUAUUGAAUAUUUGGUAAGUGAGAUGUUAUGUGUGUUGUCUAUGUAGCAUAAUCAUUCACUGGCUGUAAUUUAGACCAACAUAUUUUGUGUUUUUAUAGAAUAACAUUUUAAAAAUUAACUGCACAUGCUGGACAUAGAAGCCUUUUUCUCCCAUUAUGAUUUGUCAUGAAUUUUUUCAAAAAUGUGUUACUUUGAUUUAUGAAUUCUUAUAAAUUUAGUUUUUGUGUUCUUUUUAAAUCUGUGAUAGUGUUAUAAAUCUGGCAACAUGUUCAUCAGGAAAAUUAUUUUAUUUAAGUUUUUCUGUUCAUCUGCAUAAUGUUAUUUCUUAGUUUCAAAUUUUAAAAAAUCCCACCAUAAUGCUGGUCAGUUCUGAUUUUCAAUUAUCAGGCUGUUCAAAAGUUAUUUUUUAAUAAUAUGCAUAAUACUCUUGUCAAUCUUUUAAAAAAAAUAAACUUUUGUGUUCUGAUUGAAAUACUUAUUCAUGGGAGGUAACCUGCAUCAUACAGUUGAUUAAAAAUUAGCUUUGAUCUGAUUGUUGAAUUAAUUACACUGGAAUCUUAUUUAUACAUAAUUUACUUUACUUGUUCCAUUUAUAUCUUUUAUAAAAAAAUAUGUAGGGAUAGUAUAUAUAUUUUGAAAAAUUGUUCAAAUAAACUGUUUGUAGCAUAUUUAUCCUACGUGUGUAAAUCAUAAUUUUUUUUUUCAAGUUGAAUGAAUUGAUGUCCAAGUCACUGUAUAAAUGUUAAAUGAGUGAAUAAAUCUGGGAAAUUUUUGUGUUAAGUACAGUCGAAUGUAACACAUUUUAUAUAACACCUGAGACAAACUUGGAUGAAAACAUUUGUUGUGCUUGUAUCAGAAAAGUGAGAUUUGGAAAUAAAUUAUCAACUAACAGGA